GUUAGCAAUUAUUAUAACCUGACUUUUAAAUAUUUAUUAAAUAUCUUUUUUCAUUUAAAUCAUUCGUAAAACACAAAAUUGAGUGAAACUGUUUUUAAUGAAAAAUUUUUUCAAAUUGUUCUUAAUAAUGGUUUUAGAUGAAGUAGCAUGCAUCAUAUGUAUAAUCAUCUGAAUCCAACCGGGAUUCUGGUUGGAAUCGUAAUUGGUUUUUUUAUUGGCUAUUGGUUUCGAAAAAAAGAAGAAUCGUCAUCUUUGGGAACUAAUAAUGUACCAUCUCAGAAUGAGAGUUCAUUUGGAGAUUGGGGAGAAUACAAGAUGGUGCUAGUAGUUCGUCAAGACCUUGGAAUGGGAAAAGGAAAAGCAGCAGCACAAUGUUGUCAUGCAGCUGUUGAUGUUUAUAAUCGCACGAAAAAAGUCCAUCCACAAUGGCUUGCUAAUUGGGAGAAGAGCGCAUGUCCAAAAGUUGCUUUGAAAUGUCCAGAUGAAGAAGCAUUAGAGGCGUUGGCGAGUCACGCACGUGUAUUGGGACUCGAUACGUCAGUUAUUCGCGAUGCUGGUCGGACACAGAUACCAAGUGGUUCAAAAACCGUUCUUGGUAUUGGACCAGCGCCAGUCGAUGCUGUCAAUAAAGUUACCGGUCAUCUUAAACUGUUCUGACCGACUUCGAAUUGGAUACAUAUCAAAGGCGAAUUAUAUGACGGUGGCGUUAAGUUUUGAGGAGAAACGCAUGUUCUGGUGUUCAAGGAAAGUUUUGAGGAGAAACGUAUGUUCUGGUGUUCAAUAAAAGGCAGACGCACAGACAAACAGGAAAAUCGAAUUCAGCAUUUCAUGGGUUAACUUUAUACUGGUGUUCAAUAAGCAAUUCGUAUCCAAAAACGUUGGCUUCAUAUCAAAUCAAAAGAAAAGUACAUUUCUAGUAGUAGUGUUGCUUUGUGGAUUGUGCAGUUUUUUGUUUUUCACUAGUUAGAGUUUUGUUUUUGUUUUUGAUCUGUUGUUUUUCUGUUACCAAGAAAGUCAUUGGGAUUUCUUUUAAACAUAUUUUGUGCCAGCUCAGGUUUUACUACUUUUUAAUACAUUUGGAAUUUACCUGUUCACUUUCCUAAGUUAUACGUUUUACCGUCAUUUAAAAGAAAUAAAUAGAUUUUAAGUUA